AUGCAGACGGAAGCAGAGAGAGUGAAAUCGGCCGUGCAGGAGCGAAGCGAGGCGCUGAAUCGAGCGGUGGUUUUCUUACAGCGGAAUAUGGAAAGUCAUAAAGAGGCAGUGAAGCGAGGGGUGGUGGCGGUGUUAUGGGAUAUGGAAUUACAGAGCGAGGCACUAAAAAGAGGGCUGGUAUCGCUACAGCGGGACGUGGAAGGGCGGAAUGAGGCACUAAAACGAGGGGUGGUUUCCUUACAGCGGAACGUGGAAGCACGAAACGAGGCAGUGAAACGAGGGGUGGUGGCGUUUCAUCGAGAUGUAGAGGCACAGAGCAACGCGCUGAAGCGAGGGGUGUUGGCGUUACAGCGGGAUGUAGAGGCGAACGUGCUGUCGCUUCAACGAGGGGCGGAGUUCUGGCGGCGUGUGGUGCAUCUGUACGGCAGCUACAAGCUCUGUCAGCUCCAGGUGGCAGUGAGCGGCCAAUCAGAGGAGGAGAGAUCUGCCACGUGGCAGAGGCAGCAUGAGAGGGGGGCGGAGAUGCUCUAUGACCUCUGCACUGACAUGAAAGGAUUCUUCCUCAAGAUCCCCGCUCAUCCCACCCCCCACACCCCACCAUCACAGGCAGGCCAAUUCCUAGCCAAGCCAGACCUCUCCCCACCAGAGUGGGUGGCGCGCCUCUCAGCCCUCCACGACGCCGCUCCUGCCGACCCGCUCCCCCUCGUGCUCCAGACGAUUCAAGAGGAGCUGGGGGGUGUGGGGUGGAGGGAGGUGUGGGAGUGGGUGGAGGAGAAACCGUUAGGGUCUGCUUCGAUUGCUCAAGUGCACAGAGGGAGGCUGCGAGGAGGCAAGGAGGUUGCUAUCAAGGUGCAGCAUGCGGGUGUCGAGCCUCUCAUGCUCACAGACCUCGCCAACCUCAAGGCGUCCUCUCCCCUUUCCCCCACCCCCCCCGUUACAUGUACUCACCCUCAGGUGCAACAUGCGGGUGUCGAGCCUCUCAUGCUCACAGACCUCGCCAACCUCAAGGCGUCCUCUCCCCUUUCCCCCACCCCCCCCGUUACAUGUACUCACCCUCAGGUGCAACAUGCGGGUGUCGAGCCUCUCAUGCUCACAGACCUCGCCAACCUCAAGGCGUCCUCUCCCCUUUCCCCCACCCCCCCCGUUACAUGUACUCACCCUCAGGUGCAGCAUACGGGUGCCGAGCCCCUCAUGCUCACAGACCUCGCCAACCUCAAGGCGUUUGCAUCCUUCCUGCAGAGCACGGAACUCAAUCUGGACAUCAUGGGAGCCUUAAACGAGCUGGAGAAGCAGAUCAGGUACGAGUUUGACUUUCGAAGGGAGGCCGCAGCCAUGGAUACCAUCCGAGCCUCGCUGGCAGGUUCGGCAGCAUCAGGCGCGGGAGCUGCAGCAGCAAACCAGAGGCGGAAAAGCAGGAGGCGGUGGAAUCCUUUUUCGCGGCCCGCUUCCACUGCUACUGCUUUUGCUUCUCUUACCGACCCUGCUGCUACUGCUAUUGCUGCUUCUGCGAGUGCUGCUGCUGUUGCUGCUACUGCUCCGGCUGCUGCUGCUGGUUCGUCUUCUUCUGCCUCGCCUGUGGUGGUGCCUGCGUCUGUACCUGGAUUGGUGACCAAGCGUCUGCUGGUGAUGGAUCUGAUCAAGGGCUCUCCACUUGUAAAGAUGGAGGAGGAGAUGCAAGCCAAGGGAGUCAACCCCAACGGCUUUCUGGCUAUGAAGGCAAAGCGGUCAAUCUUUCGGUCACUCGGGACAGCUUACGGGCUGAUGAUCCUGCGGGAUGGGCAUUUUCAAGCUGAUCCCCAUCCAGGAAAUCUCCUCAUCUGCCCUAAUAGAAAGGUUGCUUUGUUGGACUAUGGCCAGACAAAGCUUCUCCCAGACUCGCUGCGUCUAAACCUGGCUCGUUUAAUACUAGCAGUGGCUGAUAAGGACAUGCCAAGAGUAGGCUCGCUGUUCCAAGCCUUGGGAAUUCGGACUACCAGGACUGCUUUCGAGGACCCCAAGAGCUUUCACCGCAUGUCUUCACUCAUGUUUGACACGGGGGUGUCGGAAGGGGUUACGACGUCGAACCCGUUUGCGAGCGAAUCCACCCUGAAGAGGAACGGGAUUGAGAAAUUCCCAGAGGAUCUGUUCUUUGUGGUGCGCACCAUGCAGCUGCUGAGAGGCCUAGCAAUGGGCAUGGGGUUGAACGAGUCCCUUGCGGAGCAAUGGAGGCCAAUUGCACAACAAGCGCUCAAGGAAGCUGGUGGAAUGUAG